GUUUUAUAAUAUUAUAACAACUAUUUAUUCAUUUAACAAUUGUCUACCCGUAGACACGGGUGGCCAAUUGAUUACUCCGAGAGUUUUAUUGGCUAUUUUUUCUUUUUAAUUUUUUCGACAUGCGCCUUAUUAUUGUUUUAUUAUUGACAUGUUUGUGUUGUUUGGUAGCUGGUAAUCAGUUUCCUGUAGUAGAAAUCGAAAGUGGGCCCAUAUCUGGAAUACUAUCGAAAACAUGGAAAGGAAGAACUAUUUACAGCUUUCAAGGGAUACCUUAUGCAACUCCUCCAGUGGGGAAACUAAGAUUUCAGGAAGCUCAACCGAUAAAACCUUGGCUAGGAGUGUGGAACGCGUCAUCUCCGGGUAGUAAAUGUAUUCAAUACGAUCAUUCGAGUUAUUUAAUUGAAGGAGACGAGGAUUGCCUUUAUGCGAACGUAUAUACACCAAAACUUCCGGUAAAAGGAAAAAGUAACAAGCUCUUGAAUGUAUUGGUUUUUAUUCAUGGAGGUGCUUUCAUGUUUCUUUACGGAUCUGUAUACCAGCCCGAUUACAUUUUGGACAAAGAUAUAAUUCUUGUUACAUUUAACUAUCGGCUUGGGCCAAUAGGUUUUUUUAGUACCGGAGAUUCGGUAGUGUCUGGAAAUAACGGAUUAAAAGAUCAAGUACAAGCUUUAAAAUGGGUGAAAAGAAAUAUAAAGUAUUUUGGAGGAAAUCCGGAGAAUAUUACGAUUAGUGGAAUGUCAGCUGGAGGUGCUAGUGUUCAUUUUCAUAUGUUGUCACCAUUAUCUAGAGGGCUGUUUCAAAGAGUAUUUUCGCAGAGUGGAACGGCAUUGUGCCCUUGGACAAUAGCCGAAAAUGUACCUGCUAAAUCAGCAGCUAUCGGCGCUUAUUUAGGUUGUCCAACUCAUCCGUCAAAAGAACUGGUCGAAUGUUUAAUUACCAGGCCAGCUUUACACAUCGUAGAAGCAGUUAAAAUAUUUUUUCCGUUCUUGUACAACCCGUAUUCUCCUUUUGGACCGGUUGUCGAGUUACCCAGUGAAAAUGCUUUUAUAAGUGAACUACCCUAUAAUAUUUUCGCUAAAGGCCUAGCGACAGAUGUACCAUGGUUGUCUAGUGUUGCCACUCACGAGGGUCUCUACCCAGGAUCUGAAUUUAUCAAUAAUCCAAAUUUGUUAAAGUAUAUUGACGAAAAUUGGAACAAAGUCUUGCCACAUAUACUGGAUUACAAUUACACGAUACCUCAAGAUAAAAUUGACUACGUGUCAGAACUUAUUAGAAAAGAAUAUAUAGGCAGUAAAAAAUUGGUUAAAGGAAAUACAGAACAAUUUAUUCAAAUGAUUAGCGAUCGUCUGUUUGUAGUCGAUAUUAUAAAAGCUGUUAAAAUCCAUGCACAUCUGUAUAAAUCUCCGGUGUAUUUAUACCAAUUCGGAUAUCGGGGUAGGCACAGUCUUUCGGAAUAUUUUUCAAAAUCUAAUGAAAAUUACGGAGCCAGUCAUGCAGAUGACACGGGUUACGCAUUACGAAACGUAUAUGCAAACGUCGAAGACUCAGAAUUGGAUAGAUCAUUAGUGCCAAUUAUAGUUGAUAUUUGGACAUCAUUUGCUUUUAAAGGAAUACCAUCAACUGGAAUUAGCUCUAUCAAUUGGAUUCCUGUGAGCAAAGACCCUAAUCAUUCGACUGUAUCGUUUUUAAAAAUAUCUUCCCCUACGAAUAUUACUAUGGAUGAAGUCGAGGAUAUGGGAAGAACUAGAUUUUGGGAUUCGUUAGACUUUAACGAGAAUGAACAUUAUUCCUACCAUAAAAAUAAAGAUUUCUGAUCUUUUUUAUUAAAUUAAUUAGUAAUAUUAUGUAUUACGUUUAAUUAACUUAGUCAAUAAAAAUAUUUUAAUAAUUCAAUUGAAC